AUGUUCACACAUCUCGGGAGGGAUUUUAGUGGCAGAACUCAUAGACGAUGCGCAGCCAACUCCAUUAACCCAAAGCCGUUGCGCACAGCACUGUUCUUCCCUGGCCAUGGGGUACAACGAGUUGGCAUGGCCCGCCCUUGGAUUGAUAAAUUUCCAGGUGUUGCAGACCCCUUCCUGGAAGAAAUGGAUUCAAUCUUGGGGUUGAAGCUGUCCCGAAUAAUCGCGGGAGGACCGAACUCAGAACUCAAUAAGACUGAAAAUUCACAACCUGCCAUAAUGGCAACGUCAAUAUUAAUUCUUCGAAUACUUGAAUCCGAGUUCGGAUUUAAAACAAAGACCCGUGUGGAUGUAACCCUCGGACACAGCCUAGGCGAGUUCUCUGCACUGGUAGCAGGGGGCUAUGUUUGCUUUGGCGACGCAUUAAAACUAGUUCGGCGCCGAGCUGAAAUAAUGUCUCAGUGUACGCAACACGCUGUCAGCAAAACCGGCGAAGAUUACGGCAUGAUCGCAUUAGUGUGCGAACCAGAGCAUAUGGACGGCUUGAUCACCACCAUUCACGAGUUUUUGAGUCCGUCAUUUUCGGAUUUACAUGAUGAAUCUUCAAAUUGUGGAAUACCGCCGAUUGAGCAAGUGGUGAUUGCGAACAUAAACUCCAAAAACCAGAUAGUACUCAGUGGCAGCAUUGAGAGAAUUCGGACAUUACUCGUUCAGCUCCGUCAGUUUAGCGGUCACGACCCGCGUGCAGUGCGACUGAAAAGCGAAAGCCCAUUUCACAGUCCUAUAAUGGCCCCAGCCGCCGAGUACAUGAGAAACGCCUUGCAAAACAUCACGGUUAAUUUUCCUGCAGAUAUGCCUUGUGUCUCAAAUGUCUCUGGCCUUCCAUUUACUUCAGCGCCUGCACUCAAAGAGCUAUUGUCACAACAAUGCGUUGAUACGGUAAGAUGGUGGGAUAGCAUCCGUUACCUAGACCAGGAGCGGGGCGUAAAGCGUUGGAUCGGAAUCGGACCAGGAAAAGUUGGUAGAAAUUUGGUGGGGAAAGAGGUUGGGAAGGUGAUGGCCAGUGGGGGUGGCGUUUGGGCCAUCUGUGAUUUUAGGGAUGUUGAGGAGACCCUUAUUGCAUUGGAAAAUACGGAGAACGACAUGCUGCAAGAUUAA